AUGGAAAAGGGACGAGACAAAAGUAGAACACCCAAAGAUGAUCGCAAAACAAAAGAUCAAGCAAAGAAGGAGGACAAAGCAAAUGCAGCAACGAAGGCAGCCGCCAAGGAGGCAGAGAAGAAAACCACAGGCAAGCGCUUGGAGUUCACGCCGGAGCACAACGAGAAGAAAGAGGAAAGCGUAACACAACCAGACGAGAACAAGUCAGUAGCAGAAGCUGCAGCGCCAGAAAAAAGAACCAGGUUCAGUGAGUCAGAAGAGGAGAGUUCAGAGGCACGCAAGUCCAGUAUAUCAGAGGAAUCCAGAAAGACGCAAGCAUCAAAGAGUGAGACACCUUCUAUGGCACUCACGACACUUCGCAUGCAGGACAUGACAGUCAGCACUCCCGUACGUAGUGAUGGUACAAAGACUCCCCUGAAGAUGCCACCAGCCAAAGAAGAGCGUAGACGAUCGGUAAGUUCACAUUCCAACGCCAGCUCAUCAGACAAAACAGGUACAGAAUCAGAAGAAGAACGCAUGGACACAGAAGAAAUCUCAGUUGAGGACAUGCAGAAGGAGCUACGUUUGUUGAGGAAAAGGCAGCGCACAGAGCAGGAGGACACCAACAAGCGUUUAGACACGAUGCAGCAGCAGCUGGAGGACACAACAUAUGAUGUGGAGUCUCAUGGUCGUAUUAAUGCACAUCUUUUACAGAAGAAGCUACAAGAUGACGCGAGGAAUGCCUCGCUUUCGCUCUCCAUUGAAGGCUUUCCAAAAGAUGCCAGCGAAGAAGACCGUAACGCAUUUGCAGAUUGGGUACUUCAUCAAUCCAAGUCAAAAGAUCGCGACGCCAUCAAAAGUUUGAUGAACACUAGGGGCGAGCUCAGCAACAUCAUCGUGAUAAAGUUUUCCUCGGGAUGGCACCGGAAUCAAGUCUUUCAAUGGUUCCUCGACAAUUACAUUCACAAGCGAUUGAAGCUUUGGUGGUGGUCUAUGGCAGCAGGGCGAGAAUCCAAUCAUGAAGUUCGCAUUCGAAAGUCGCUUAGCGAAGAUGCGCGAUUGAGAGGACGAUUCCUGAAAGCAGCCAUGGAAUGCAUAAAUGGUCACAGUGUGGAGUUUUACCCAGUGUGGAACGAGAACGCGGUUCGCAUCAAGUACUCUCACGACUACCUCAUUUGGCUCCAUUUCUCUUAUGCAAAUGCGACAUGUUCUGUUUUCGCUGAUGAGUCAAUCUUUGAUGAUGUGCAGGCUCAUUUCGAAGCCACCGUCGAGAGGAUAUCAGCGAGUACAGGGAGAGGGAAAGGCAAGGGAAAGAACAAAGAGCAUGGUGAGGGCAGAAAGGGCAGUAGCAAGGGACUUUAUGCAGCUAUGGAUUUUGCAUUUGAUGCAAGAAACCCGUAUUGGACCAAAUUCAUUCUUGUACAUGAUUGGAAGAGUAAUGUGCAUGUACAGCAGGCGUUGAAGGAUGAAGAGAAAGCACAAGAGAUGAUGGAAGAGGGGUAA